ACUUUCCGGUUUCCCAAAGAGACCUGAGUUUUGGACAAUGUAGGUUUUAGAAUGUGUCAUAGCUGUUCAAAGUUCAUCGCUGUUUACAACCAUCCUGAAGCACACAAGGGUGAAUACACAAUGACCUAGAGUUCAAAGUUCAGAGCCGUUUUCGUUAAUUUACUUCCUUGUAAAUGCCUACUGCUCACUCCGUCUGAUUUUGUUUCACUUACAUUUUUAUUGACCGUUAGCUAUUAACAGCUAUCCAGUUUCUGAUCAAAGUAUGGGAAACGGUGGCAUACGUGAAUGCGAGGUGCUGUGUUGCUUUGCCCUAGCUGUACUUUCUUGGGUCACUGAUGCGGCAUUUACUGGACCACAAGACACGUCUGCCUUGCGUGGAACAACUGCAACACUGUACUGUAGAAACCCUGACUACACAGGGCCAGGUCUCACCCAGUGGAGUGAAGGAGUUACAUUCGCCAAUGAGGGAGGUGUCUUUGGAUCUAAUGCCAAAUAUGACAACUUUGGCGUCAUCACAUCAUCAUCGACACCAACGACCCAGUUGGACUUACAAAUAAGCAAUGUUCAGGUUUCAGAUGAGGGAACAUAUGAAUGUGAAAUCACACCAAACAGUGCAGCUGCAACUCUAAAGGCUGAGAUUGAAGGAAAUGUCGAUGCAGUCACAAUUGAUGGAGACUCAUCGGGCAAACCAGUCAUCCUGAGAGCAACGGUGGAAAGCGUGCUGAGAUGCACAGCCAGGGGCUUCAGACCUGCUGUCAACUUGGAAUGGUACAAAAAUGAUGUCCACAUAACAACAGGUGUCAGUGAAGAUGCACCUACUGACAAUGGCGAUGGAACAUUUGACUCAUCAGGAACACUGACGUUUACACCAACACGACAAGACAAUGAAGCCAUCCUAGAAUGCAGAACAACCGGACAGAUGGUCGCCCCCGCAAAAACGGUAUCCGUCACUCUCAAUGUUCAGUAUGUACCAGUGGUCUCAGUCAGAUAUGAUAAUAAAGUGAUAACUUGCUCAUCGGAUGCCAACCCACUGGCUACCAGUCAUAAGAUCAUCCUGAACGGUACUAACAUUGUGAAGGAAUUCACGACCAGCCGGGGAUCUCAUCCAUUCACUCCAGUAGAUGGCUGCACGGUCAUCAGUUGCAAUGCCACGAACACAGUGGGAACGGGAACGGCAACUUUUCCUGAAGAAAUAUGCCCGGGCUACGUUGAGCCCACGACAAAAGCACCAUCCAAAUCACCGGCUACAACCAAGUCACCACCGGCCGCUACAAACAGUGGCGCCGUGGUUGGGGCUGUGGUAGGAGUCUUCAUUACUGGGAUCAUCAUUUGUGGACUGACCAUAUUUUGUUGGAUGAGGAAGCGCAGGGAACGACAGAAACCCACUCGUGGACAGUCAACCACUGGGAGAGAUUGGAAAGGUUAUUUUAAGCCUGAUCGACAACAUCAUGUUGAGCUGCAGAGGUCAGAGUCUGACAUGGUUGCUGCCUCAUCAAAGGACAAUCAACCUAACGGCAAGUGUUCUGAAAUGAUAUUGAUAGAAAAAUUUUCAGUGCCUGCUGUAUUAGAUAUGCUUCUCAUUCAGACUUGCUUAGUAAAUGCGUUGGAUUUCGCAAUCUAAAUUUACAUUCAUCCAAAAAUUACUCAAUCACACAAAUGACGAAACAAGAACAGCGAUUGAAAAUGAAUUUUCGUGAUGACAUAUAGAAUUCUAUCAGUUGCUGUUAAUAAAACUAAUAGGAA